CGACGGCUCGGGAAGGUCCGGCACCUACAUCCUGAUCGACAUGGUCCUCAACAAGAUGGCUAAAGGUGCCAAGGAGAUUGAUAUUGCAGCCACACUGGAGCACCUGAGGGACCAGAGGCCGGGAAUGGUUCAGACCAAGGAUCAGUUUGAGUUCGCACUGACAGCUGUUGCAGAGGAGGUGAACGCCAUCCUGAAAGCUCUUCCACAGUAGAGCACAGAAAGAAGCACCUCCUUCUGUCUCAUCUGGAGGACAGUCCCAGCUAUAACCUCCUGUUGUUUCCACGUCCCAUCUGCUCAAGUUUAUUUGUUGUCUCCACUCCCUCCUUUCCUCUUUUUUCCUUUUUUCAUGUUUCCAUUUUUUUAUCCAAGUUUUUUCCAGUUUCUGGAACAAGUCCAGUUGUUUCUUCUUCUCUCCUCUUUUCCCCUCCCUUCAUGUGGUCUUCUAUCUUUACCUCCCUCGGUUCUUGUUCCCGCCUUCUUCUUCUUCCUCUCUCACCUCUCCUUGAUUGUCUCCUCUCCUCUCCUCCUCUCCUCUCAUGAAUGAGCCGUCCUCUUUUUUCCAUCUUAGUAAAGAAAUUGUGCCAGGAAUCCAUUGAACCAGUCUUGUACAUAGAUAGACCUUCCUUCUAUUGUAAUGAUCCAUGCAGUUUGGUUUUAUUCCAAAGUGACAUUUAAACACAUUUAUAUUGAGAGUGAUUAAAGUGUUUCAGUGUAUGUAUCAUCGUUUCGUUAGGGUUGAUGAAUGAGGGUUGACAUAAGGGGCGUCAGUAGGCUAGGGACCUUGAUGACCUUAGAUGUCACUAAGGUUAGAUCUAUCUAAGGUUCAGAUAAAUCAACACGUCCAUUAUUCUAGAUUUUGACUGACAAAUGAGGAAUCCAAGGGGGGGAAAUAAAGAAGUGGGGGAGUAAUUAUGAAAUAAAAAUUCCUUAUUUGUAGCCCUAGAUAUAAUAACACUAUCAACCAAACAAUGUUUAAUGUUGGUAUGACGCCAAUUGACGCCCUUGAAAGGUCUUCUUUGGUCAGUGUGUGGACGAUGUUUAUCAUUAUAAAAUCAUAUUUGCGUCUGAGUUUAAGUGCUGUGCUUUCUGAUAUAUUUUAAUGCAGCAUGUUGGAGUGUCAGAGUUGGUCAGUAAGGUCAAAGUGAGUACCAAACAAGUACUGCUUUUUAACAGGAAGCGACACACAAAAUUGCAAGGAGGAGGUUGUUUCAGACUUUGUGGUGACUUCUUGAAACAUCUGCAAUGUCGCUUAUUUAAAGAAAACUAAAAAAAAAAAAAAAGAUGCUGGAUGAAGUUAAACAACACCUAUGAUUUUAUGUCAUUGUAUAAAUUCCAUUAUCCUAGUGGAAGCAAUAUUUGUGUUCCUUCAACCUGAACCGUUAUCUCUUGUGGAUCGCAGAUAUUGUGGUUUGUCAGUGAAGUUACACUCAUGUCUGCCUUAAUAAAAACACAGUAGAUGGGAUGAUGACAUUCUUUCCAGCCACGUGAAACAAGGUCAGUGUGCAACGCUUCAUUUUUUAAAAUGGCCUUCUUCCAGCGUAUUAACUCGUGGACUGAAGGUUUUGCCGUGCUGCUUCUUAAUGGAAAACCCUUCUGAUGAUAAGCACUGCAGUCUUUAAUAAUCUCAGGGCAGAGAGUUUCCUCCUGUCCAAAAGUUUGUCAAAGUCUUGGAGUAAUUUUGACGGCAGUGCUCGCGCGCUCUUACAUUAUUUAUAACAAUGGAAUGAGGUCAUUAUGAAAUCAAGUGUUUCACACGGGCACGGAGGGUAUAGUCUUGCUUUCUCAAUAGCGAGUUCUUCUAUGUAGCAUUUAAGGAUUAUUUGUACAUGUACAGUAGCUGAGCUUGUGUUGCAUUUAAAACUAGUUUGCAGUGACGCUUGUCUGCUGGUUUUCCCAACAUUAUCUCCAGAAUAAAUGGAUUUUGUUCUUUCAAAAAUGAUCAGAGCAACAUUUAAGACCAUUUAUCUUCAAUAACGUACACUUUACAUCACUGCUAACCAACAGUUUUCUUGUAUUGCAUGCCGAUAUCCCAGGUUUCCAUUGGUUUAGAUUUGUUUCCAUUGGUUUCCAUUGGAUUCCAUUGGUUUAGAUUGGUUUCAAAUUGUUUCCAUUGGUUUAGAUGGUUUCCAUUGGUUUAGAUUAGUCUCAAUUUGUUCCCAUUGGUUUCCAUUGGUUUAGAUUGGUCUCAAUUUGUUCCCAUUGGAUUCCAUUGGUUUAGAUUGGUUUCAAAUUGUUUCCAUUGGUUUCCAUUUGUUUAGAUUGGUCUCAAUUUGUUCCCAUUGGUUUCCAUUGGUUUCAAAUUGUUUCCAUUGGUUUCAGUUGGUUAUGAUUGGUUUCCAUUGGUUAAGAUUGGUUUCAAUUUGUUACCAUUGGUUUCCAUUGGUUUCAAAUAGUUUACGUUGGUUUCCAUUUGUUUAGAUUGGUCUCAAUUUGUUCCCAUUGGUUUCCAUUGGUUUCAAAUUGUUUCCAUUUGUUUCCAUUGGUUUCUAUUGGUUAAGAUUGGUUUCCAUCAAAUCCUCAUAAAACCUUACGAUGAUUGAUUUUAUUAUGUUACUGUUUCAUGCAUAAACAAUAUACCCAGUCCAAAAUAAGCAUGUUAAUGCAUGACACAAUAAUAAUAUAAAAUCAAUAGUCAAUAAUCAAUCAUCUUAAGGUUCUAUGAUGAAAUAACCAUGGCCAACUUAUAAAUAUUGAAAUUAAACAACCGCUCCCUCCUGAUGUCAUCGGAGCUCCAAAAUAUUUCAGGAUUUUGAGCGAUUUAUUAAAGGUGUUCUUAACUCAUCAUAAAAGGACGAUAUAAGAUCAUUAGAUUCUCCUGAAUCACAUAGUUCACACAGUCUGUGUUCCUAUGGGAUGUUUUUUUUUAAAUCUCCCGACUUCUAGAGCCAGAGGAAAGAUUCCUGAUCUCACCUUAUCUUUGAGAACAUCAUACUCUUAACUUGAACAUUUCUAACCAGCAUGAACCAAUCAAUUAUCAGGAGAUGAAUUUGGGAAACCAGCUCACAGUUUGUGUCAAAUUAACUUAGUGUCACUGCUUUCAAUUGGCUGACAGUAAAUGGACAGUUUCAAAGUCUCUAUUGGUCAGAGUCUAGUCGUUUGUCCAAUCUUUGUUGAGUCACUUAUAAUAUGACUUGCAUACACUCCGCUACUAGUGCAUGGCUUUGUAUCCAGCAGAAACGUGUGCUGUUCUUUGUGGCCUUCGAGGCGAUCUUAGCAAAACUUUCAAAGCAAACAAACAAAAUAUGUAUUGCGCGAGAAUUCUCCAAGAACCUUAAAAAGUGCAAAAGCCAAGGAUUAUCAUCUCUAAACUGUGCAGAUCGCGUUUGAAGCGAGUUGAAAGGUGGUGCAGUAUCAAUAUGAUGCAACACUGCAGCAAGCUGGUGUCAUGUUGUUGGAAUCGACUCCAUCUUUUUUUUCAUCACAAUGUUAAAAACACGCUGCAAGAAAUGCUCCUUACAACAGCCUGAUUCAUGCAAAUUCAACCUUAUCAUUUAUGAUCUCCGUCAUGUAUGUUAGAAGAAUGAAACGACAUUACAAAUAUAUGAUUCUAGUUUCCAUUUGACAUGUGAGUAAAAAGCUAAACUUGUUAGAAUGAGCAUAUUCCCUAAUGCUGUUCUCUCUUCACACUCCAUCGACAUCACUAGAUGGCUGGUCUGACACAUUACCACUGUACAUAAACCACAAAGUAAAAGCAUAAAAAAACAGAAGAUAUUUUUGUUCUAUUGGUGUAAACAACUUGUGAAUAAAGUCUCAUUGUUGAUGCAGUAUUGUAACGCAAUCCUGA